UCGCCCGUCGUUGAUCAACCACCACGAAUACCGGCCCGCUACGAAAGUAUGAUUCACGACGAUCGAAACUAUGAGCAAAUCGAAAAUAUUACAAGCGCUUGGAAAACGUUGGGCGUAAAUGAUGUUCGACAUACGGAAAAUUCGAGCACAAUUGAAGAUGAAAUUACCGAAUUCGUUUGGCAACGAUCGCAAUCUCAGAAGGAGUUCGGUUCGGCUCGCAAAAUGCCAGUCACUAUGACUGCAUAUGAAGCUGAAUUAUUGUCGACGAGAAAGAAAAAUGGCGACUACGAUACGCUCAACUUUGAACCAAAAGCGAAGCCAAUCAAUCCAAAUAAUGACUAUCGAACCAUUGUGACAAUUACAGCGCCGGCAUACAAGAAGCAAACAUCGCAACCGAUCACAUCGAAUGAUUAUGAGAUUAUUGGCGAUUGUGCAACGAUUACAACCAACGCUACCAACACCACCACGUCGACCACCAACAAUGGCAAGCCAACGAUUGAACCGAAGCCAUAUCGUUUGGCCGACGACAGUCAUAUGGGAUAUGGGGUACUUCGAAAACCAAUAACAAAUAUCAAUUCGUCGCCGAAAUCACCAACAUCCAACGAUUCAAAUACAAUCGGCAUCGGAACCUCGUCUAGCGCCGACGAUCUCGUCAAUCAUCGAAAAUUCAAUGGCCUCAAUUAUGCCAUUGUCAAUAAAUCCAAUCAAGUUUGAUUUCUAUGAGAAAUUGAAGCUAAAAAUAAACUAAACACUAGCCAUACAUCAACAAAUAAAAGACGUGUAAGCAUAUCGCUACCAUUUCCAUUAGCGAGAUUAGAGAGAAGAAGGAGAAUAAAUCGAAAACUGUCUUGAACAAGCACUCAUGUAUUUUAGUCAUGUACCACUAUCGUUUAGUCAUAAAACAUUAAGAAGACCUUAUUCUACUUCCGCAUCUAGAUAUAAAUGAAAUUUUUUUUGAU